AAACUUAGACUGUAGGGAAUAUGAAAUGACUUGCUAUAAAAUAGCACAUAAUCGUUUGGGGGUUCUGUUCCUUUUAUCAUCGGGACCAAGAUUACCAAAAGAGGAACCGUUAACUGGAAUGAGCGGCUCAUAACCGUGUUUGGUUCCGUAAGUGUUUUGCUGGCGGUGCGUUCUGGGGGUUGUAGUCCUCGGUCCCGAGCCUCUCCGUAACGUUUUGCGGCCAGGGGUGGCUGGGAGAACUACAACUCCCGGAGCGCCCCGCGCCGUUGGACCCAGCCAGCCGGGGCCUGCGUCCUCCUUCUGCCACUAGUUCGAUUCCGGAGGCCCCGGAGGAAAGAAGCGGCGCUCGAAGUAGGAGGGGUGGAAUACGACAGGACAGAAGAUUCUGGUCCACAGAGAGCACUACGUCCACUUACGGGAGGUGAGUGCUGAACAAUGUCGGAAGAACCGCCUCCUCCGUAUCCUGGGGGUCCUUCUGCUCCAUUACUUGAAGAGAAAGCCAGGCAGCCACCAUCAACAGUGUAUGUGCCACCUAUUACCACUCCAUCUCAAGGAUAUUCCAUCCCACCAGAUGGUGGACCACCUCCUUAUGAGCCAAUGGCACAACCAGGAUUUGUACCUCUUCACACGCCAGCAGAAGGUGGUAUACCCAUGCCACCACAUGGUUACUAUCCAUCAGCUGGACAGUACCCACCUCCAGGCCAUUAUAUACCUCCAGGGCAUUAUCCCCCCCCUCCCGGACACUAUGCUCCUCAGAGUGGACAAACAGCGACUGUUAUAGUUCCCCCAGGCGCUGCAACAACAGUGACAGUGCUGCAAGGGGAGAUGUUUCAAGCAGCACCGGUGCAGACCAUGUGCCCUCACUGCCAGCAGACCAUCACAACCAAGAUCACCUAUGAAGUAGGCUUACUGAAUACUUUAUUCUGCCUCUUCUGCUGUUUUGUGGGGUGUGACUUAGGCUGCUGCUUAAUCCCCUGCUUAAUAGAUGAUCUGAAGGAUGUGAUGCACACUUGUCCAAACUGUAAAGCCUACAUAUAUACAUACAAGCGGGUAUGCUAACAGCAGUCCUGACCCUGCCCAAGUAGUGUUGGGAUAACCUUAAAAUGGCAAACUUAAUGUUCAAUUUUUAUUUUAAUUUACAUGUUAUAUCCAAAUGAUUGUAAUACUUGCAGCAUUGUACUGUGCUGUAAUUACAAGCAACUGUGAAUGCCUUACUUGCAGAACAUGUGAUUCAGUUGAAGAAUUUAUUUAUGUAUUAAUUCUGUGUAAACAGUAUAAAUGUCAUACCCUAGCUAACAAAUGACUUCAACUUUUAAAGUUCCCAGUACAGCAAAACCUGUGGAUAGUUGUCUUUUAAAAUGGCAUUCAGUUUUGAAUCCUGAGCCAUUUAUUCUAUAUUUGAUUAUUGUGCUGAAUGGUGUUUGGGAAGUAAGGGAAAAUAACUGGUUUAGGAUAUCUUUCAGCAAUCUGCCUUCAGGCCCUAACUGUUGCACACUGCAGUAAUAUUUUUGCGAUGCAUUCGGUUUAUUUUUCAAUAUUCAAUUUAAUAAUUCAUGUGCUAUGUAGAAAAUCAACACCGAAGUAUGUGUGUAUAUGUAAAACCCCAGGGAAAUUAAAUGUUGUUGUCUUACACUCCUGAUGCUUCUUCAUGGGAGCAUAUAUGCAUGAAUUUAUUCUGUAUUAUUUGUAUUUCUGUAAUAAUUGUAAAACUUGCAUCUUACUGAAGUAUUCUGUUUUGUUCAAAAGCUGACCCUGGUACAGGUCUCUAAAGGCCACAUUUCCAAAACUGAUAUGUAGAUUGUUGAGAAAGGUACCGAGGUGGUAAUGAGAGUAUGUUUUAGAACAGCAGUAUUUAUUUUGAUGAGAUGAAAUGUUUUGCUAAAAUAUGAAUUUCACACUUGUCAGUUGGUUGAUGCCACACUGAUGGUUUCAAACGAAGAAUCAAAAAAGUUCCGAGCUAUGACAAAUGACUUUUAUUGUGUUUAUAGUGCAAUCAUAAGUCAGUCAAAAAGUCCUUUUUAACCCAUAUAAUGGAGCUUGUACAGCAGGUAGUUUCUAAAAAUUACAAAUCCAAUGUUUAAAAGAUGAAUGAUGCAUAGCUUAUAUUUUGUGCAUCCAUGGAAGUUUUUAAUUUUUUCAGUUACAAUACAGAUAACUGUACUGGAAUCUCCUGAUAUGUUCUUUAUAGUAGCGUUUUGAAAUAUUGUACAGUGCAGAAAUCUUGGAUUAUAUAUUCAAAAUAUGUGUAAUAAAAAUGCUCUGAUGCUUGUGCAAUUUUCAGCAGCUUGCAAGUAUUGCCUUUGCUGAGAACUUAUGCAGCAUAUGUGAACUUCCACUCUGAUAUUAUUCGUACUGUACAACCUGCAUUAUGAAAUUGCAAAGAAUUGUUACAGAAUGUAUUCUGCUUUGAAAAUAAGUGAAUGCAACACAAGAAAUUUAAUGACAGGUGUAUUUAUCUUUUGAGGAGCAGAAGAAUCUACAUGUGCCGAAUCUCCAUCCAGCCUGCUUUGUUUUAAUGUGCCUAUUACUUAUGCAUCAAUUUAGUACUAAAGGUAACCAGUAUUAUUAGACAUAGCAUUUGUUGAUGGUUAGGAAAACGGAAAUUAUUUUAGAUAUUAGCAAUUUUUCAACCAAUCUUGGUCCCUCGGUUCAGAUUGCUAGUAAGUCUAACAGCAGGGGUCCAAAACAUUAUUUCCUCCUUUCUUCGAUACAACGGGAGGCAAAAGUAUUGGACAUAAGCAGCCUUUUCUAAUUCUACCUUGUAGUAAUGGUGGCAUUGUCAGAAGAAAGACUAGACACUUUCAUGACUGCUGUAAAUGCAAUAUAUCUAGUUCCCCAAUUCUAUUUUGUUAAUUGAAGUGAAUCAUUGUGAAAGGAUGCCAUGCAAGUCAUUUUCACAUGUGGACUGCAUUUUAUGGCACUUACAAAAAAAAUCUUCUGCUGUAAAAUGGAGCCUUGCUGUUGAAGACUGAUGAAGCUAAUGGCAUUUUGACAAAAAUAAGACAUUCUAAGUGGGCCUCCUCGCAUUCAGAGAACAUUUGUGAAAGCUAUCGGUUAUUAGAGGAAAAACAAAUCAUGUUUAUUUACCCCAAAAUUGCAGUUUAAUCAUCUUGAUGGAUACAAGGGCAUCAGAUCUUUUUUACUGUGCUGGAGACCACAUGGGUGGGAGAGUUAAUUAAUCAUGUUAAUUUUUCUAAUAGUUUCACAAGAAUGUUGUCUGGGUAACUGCAAAAUACUGGAUUCCUUUUAAAAAUAGGUCUACUUGGGACCAUCUACUUUUUGUGGUUAUAUAGCAAUCUAUUCCUUAAUGUGAAGCUUUUAAGUGCUUCUACACCAGAUUAUAAGUUUAGUUUAAAAAUUCCACGUAAUUAACUAUUACUUUCUAUAUAUUUAAGUACAUCUGGCAAUACAAACUACAAUUAAAGCCACAAACACAGAUGGCAAAUUGUUUUGCACUCUUUUUCUUUAAUGCCUAUCUUUUCUUUGCACACCUGCAAAGCUAACAUGAAUAAUUUACUUGCCUUUAUCAUCUUUCAUGAGGAAAUGGAGGAAGAUUCGAGUAUUGAUGAUAUAAUAAAUGCCUGACUGCAGAACUUGGGUUUAAAUAUUAACAGGGUCAUCUUGUAGUAUCUAAUCACUUUUGGUGUUUAAGUGAUACAUGGCAGUGUUGGAAACCUGUUCCAAAAGCAUUAUUUGUGCUAGUUGAAGAAAGAGGCAGUAUGUAUAAAAUGCUGAAGUUCUUGCUAGACAGAUCUGUGGCCUAAUGGUUUUUUUUUAAUAACUCAACCCAUUAUUGGUUGAGUCAGCUUAUGUUGUGUGCAAGCUAAUUAUUUAAGCAUUCUAUACAUGUACAUGUCCAUGCAUUAUCUCUUAUCUAAUGUACAAAUGGGUAUCUGCAACUUGGAAAUUAAUAAAUGUUAAUGGCACAAUUGUGUUGUGAAGCUCA